AUGGCUUCUUUCAGCCCCCAGCCAUCUUUCCAUCUAUGCCCUGACUUCAAUAUCUCCCCACCACCCGAUGGCCACCUUGAGCUGGGCUCCGUACUACGAGGCAUCGACCUGAACAGUGUCCUUUCCCCGCUCGAUUGCGGCGAUACUGUUGAAAUCCCCGCUUCCCAGAAAAUCUUCCGUUCCGAGAAGACGGGUUUCAGCCGCUCGCUGAAGGAGCUGAGAGGCAUCGAGGGCAGCAUCUGGGCCAAGAUUUUCGGCAGCGAUGGACUAGGCGCAAUGUUCUCAUUCUUGCGUAAGCGCGAGAAUGACGAAAUCCUCACAGUCCAGAAGCUUCUCGUCGAGUACUUUAUCCCUACACCCGAGUACACGAAGGACGCCCUGGAAAUCGACAGUGUUGCUUUUCACAUUAAUAACACAAUGAGAAAGAAGCCGAUUUACCUCAUCACUGGGCUCAUGUGGACUGAGGGCGCCAAGUUAUCCAAGGUCUCAUCCAAGAAGAUCCAGGUCAGCAGCCAGGCUGCUGCCACUGACCCAAAUUCGGGCAUUACAGCCGGCGGGACCGCCUCGUACGACAACGAGGAGAGCCUUGCCUCUAGCUUUGACGGAUCUACUCCGUUCAUCCUCGGUAUUCGGGUCCGUAAGAUCUGGUGGGACAAGGCCGGAGUGAGACAGGAGGAGGAAGACGUUGUGGGAGCAACACUCAGUGAUUCCAAGGCGAUGGAUGAGGGAGGGCCGCGGUAUAUCGAUGAUGAAGCUGCUAAAAUUCCUGGACAAAAUAUCGUGGACGAGAGUCAGCAGGGAGUGGUAAACCCCGUCACUUGGAUCCUGCCCUGAAGUAGCAACAAUUUCACGUCGACCCAGCAGAAGUAUCUUGAAAUACACUGCCAGAAAACGGAUCGGGCACAUUAAAUCU